GAGAGAGUUGUUUUGUUUUGUUUUGUUUCGAACAGAAUCUUCCUGUUAGUGAUUAUUGACUCCAACCAGAUGGGUAAAGAAAUUACAUGCAUUCUGGAUGUUGGAUACAGGAGACUUCUAACCCACGUCGGUCAGGAAAAACCGGGAUGUUGGGAGCUGUGGGUUUAGGGGCCUCUGUUGACCUAAUGACGAACACUGGAAAGAAAAAAUGCGUUCGGGAAUUCCUUCUGUGCCUCGGGAAGCAUCAUCCUGAAGGCACAUAGUUCUUAUUCCUCAUCCCAGCCUCAGAUAUCUGUGUGAGAGCCAAGAGAGCGCUAACUAGAAUUCUGUAAUCAUGCCUCUCCUGACUGACAGAUCGAAUUCCUCAGAGCAGACUGUGUUGGUGAUCAGGUCAUUGUCUCUUACUUCUGAAAUCACCCCUUCCACCUGCUCUGGAAAAACGGAUAUGGGACCUUUAAGUAUGUUUGCUUUGCCAAAUGGCGCUAUGUUAAGCUUUAUCAGUAGAGGGCGCUGGAGAGACUUUGUAGGAGUAAGAAGUUUUCUUUCCCGGUUCCAGGGACUCCGCGUCAGCAACACCUGGCAGUCUCUAUGCCGAUGGGGGGAGGGGAGAUGCAGGGGCGGGGGUGCUUUGUAGCGGAAUGUAUUUGAGCAGCUUUCCCCAGUACCCUAGUGAGACACCUUAGACGAGACCCAGUACCUUAGACGUUGGAUUUAUGGCAAGAUCCACCAGAGUGCUCCCUUACCGACUUCUCUGCCAUUCAGUAUCCAAGGCUGUGGCAUCUCACAAGAUCUGAUCUCAGCACUAGGAGGAGACUAGUCUUCCUGGCUGGCCUAUUUCACCUCUCAGAUAAGACUUUUAUGGAUGGGUUAUUACUUCAAGCAGUACUAUUGCUCUAUGAUUAAAGCAAGGGCCACAUAAUUCCGGAAGCAAGAAGAUAUAAGAACUCAAGAAACUGCCUGGGAUCUCUCAGGACACGGAAGAAGGCAGGGGUCCUCAAAGCCUUGAGGGCUGACCAGAUUGCAGAUUCAAGCAAAUCCAGGAACUUCGAGGGAAAACUCACAAGGUCUCUGAGACCCUUGCAGGAGAAGUUUCCGAAGCACUUCAGCUUCCCCAGAGAAGAGGACGAUGACCCCCCAAAGCAUGCGUCUGUUCCUACUGCUGAGCUGCGUAGCCAGCACUGAAGUCCUGGGAGAAAUCCUCAUGAGACCCAGCUGUGCUUCUGGAUGGUUUUACUACAUGUCUAACUGCUAUGGAUACUUCCGGAAACUGAGGAGCUGGCCUGAGGCUGAGAUCGAGUGUCAGUCCUAUGGAAACGGAGCCCACCUGGUGUCUCUUCAGAAUGAAAACGAAGCUUCCAUGGUAGCGAACUACAUAAGUGGCUACCAAAGAAUCCAGCCUGUAUGGAUCGGCCUGCACGACCCAGAAAAGAGACAGCAGUGGCAGUGGAUUGAUGGAGCCUUGGAUACAUACCGGAGCUGGUCUGGAGCAUUCCAGCGUGGGAACAAGUACUGUGCAGAGAUGAGCUCCAAGACCGAUUUUUUGACCUGGGAGAGCAGUGAAUGCAGCAACCGCCAGCACUUCGUGUGCAAAUACCGGCCAUAGGAUGCGCUUCGAGGCUGUGCCCACAUCGUGCAAGCCCCGGUCCCCUUCCCUGUGUGCGCUGGCUGCAUCUCACCGUCAUCUCAGCGUAAACACAGCAGCUGGGGCCCCUGUUGCACUCACUGCUCUAGGUUUAUGAGGGGCCAAGUCCUCAACACUGGUACGACGGUGGCUUCUAGCUCUAAAGUCACCCCGGGAUGUGUCUCCCGGGCCCUCUGCUUUCCUCCCACACACAGCAGGUUGUCUCGGAGUGGGGAGGGACCUGGUGAAGUAACCGGGAGUUGGGUGGUCAGGGGUAAAGGUUUGAAGACAGGAGGAGGAACCUCAGGAAUGAGCCUCCAGCCCCCUUCAGCUUCUGCACCCCUCUGCCCUUUCUCUAGUGCCCACGCUCUCCUGCUCAGACACCUGCUCAGUUUUCCUUCGCCAUGGGGAGUCUUUACUGGUAGGGUCCCUAUUAGGCUGACAUGGACCAUCAAUUCCAGGGCCAUCUUUUAAUAAACAGCUGACUGCAUAGAAGAUCGCUCUGUUCCACUUCGGCAGCGAUGGGAAUGAAAAAGUGAAAUAAGA